CCGGAAACGGAGCAACGUCGCGUCGGGGCUCGGUGUCGGAGCCGCUGCACGCCGCGUGGGUGCUCGCGCGGGAAUCGCAGCCCAGACCGUUGCGCGAGCGGGUCAGGCGGGGUCCAGGCUCCCCAGGGCGGCGCAGCAUGGGCGUCCUGAGCGCGGCGGCCCGGGUCGUGGUCCGCGGCGCGGACAGGAUGAGCCAGUGGACGAGCAAGCGAGGGCCGCGCACCUUCUGCAAGGGCCGCGGCGCCAAGAGGACCGGCGUCUUCGCCUCGGGCUGGAAGUUCGUGCAUAUAAAGGAGAAGGUCCCGGAGUUCGUCGUCCCGGACUUGGCCGGCUUCAAGCUCAAGCCCUACGUGAGCUACCGCGCUCCUGCGGGCGCCGACGCGCCGCUCACGGCCAGGAAGCUCUUCGUGGAAGCAGUCGCACCUGCCAUCGAGAAGGACUUCAAGGACGGCACUUUCGAUCCUGACAACCUGGAAAAGUACGGUUUUGAGCCCACACAGGAAGGCAAGCUCUUCCAGCUGUAUCCGAGGAAUUUCCUGCGCUAGGAGGCAGAGCAGGAGUGACCCUGGGUUUUGCCUGCGAGCUGGAGACUGCAUCGAUCGAUCCAUUCUCACGGAUCAUGAAUCCCCGGGGGAGUGGGGCGGUAGUUCCCUCGUCUCGUUUAUUAAAGGCCUUUGCU